AUGUCUGACCACGUACAGCGUGAGAGGUCUCGCUCACCCCGUCGCCGUUCUCGCAGCCCUUCUCGUCGCGAUCGUCGUCCGUACUCCCCGCGCAGCCGCUCCCGCAGCCGUGGUGAGCGUGACGAAUACCGUCGCCCCGAGCGUCGUUCCCGAUCCCCAUUGAGUGCUUCCGGAGCAGCUGGACCCCCCUCCGCUUCUUCUUUUGGUGGACGCAGCGGUUAUCCUUCGGCCCGAUACGAGGAGCGCGCCGGUUCGAAAGACAAUAUGAUGCAGACCGUUCGCGAUUCGUCCCAGCAAGACCGCCGGGUCUACGUGGGCAACCUUUCUUAUGAUGUCAAGUGGCAUCAUCUUAAAGAUUUUAUGAGACAAGCUGGAGAAGUUCUCUUUGCCGACGUGUUGCUUCUUCCUAAUGGAAUGUCGAAGGGAUGCGGGAUUGUGGAAUAUGCAACCAGGGACCAAGCACAGAACGCCGUGGAAACUCUCAGUAACCAGAGCCUGAUGGGUCGUCUCGUUUAUGUUCGCGAGGUAUGCGUUCGCGACAUCGAAUCUCUCACAACUCAGCAAGGUACCGUCAUCCGUGCCGAUGUGCACACUGAUCCCUCUGGACGCCCCAAAGGUUCUGGCAUCGUUGCUUUCGAGUUCCCUGACGAUGCGCGCAAUGCCAUUGCCCAGUUCAAUGGAUAUGACUGGCAGGGUCGUAACAUUGAGGUCCGUGAGGAUCGAUUUGCUAACGCUGGCCGCGGUGGCUUUGGUGCCGGCUUCGGCGGUCGUGGUGGCUUCGGUGGUAUGGGCCCUCCUCGUGGCGGCGGUUUUGCUGGCCGCGGCGGCUUCGGCGGUGGCUUCGGUGGACGUGGAGGCUUUGGCGGUCCUCCCGGCGGCUUUGGCGGUCCUCCCGGCGGCUUUGGUGUUCCCCCCGGUGGAUUUGACCACGGAGCUCCUCCGGUCACCGCCGGGCCCCCAAACCCAUUUACUGACUACGCUACUUCUAACGGCGAGAGAGGCCCUACGAUCUACGUUCGAAACUUGCCUUGGUCCACUUGCAACGAGGACCUUGUCGAUCUGUUCUCCACCAUCGGCAAGGUUGAGCGGGCCGAAAUCCAGUAUGAACCUCAUGGCCGCUCCCGCGGCACCGGUGUUGUUCAGUUCGAUACCCCUGAGACUGCUGAAACCGCCAUUGCCAAGUUCUCCGGUUACCAGUACGGUGGCCGUCCUCUGGGCAUCUCCUUCGUCAAGUACAUGAACCCCAGCGGUCCUGGCCCUGAGGAGAUGGAAGGACAGGAGGCCACUAGUGGUCUGACCCAGGAUCAGAUCAUGUAA